GCGAGUGUUUUCACGGCUGGCUGGAGCCCCUCUUGUCCCGCAUCGCCGAAGAGCCGACGGCCGUCGUAAGCCCCGACAUCGCCACCAUCGAUCUCAACACCUUCGAGUUCUCCAAGCCGGUCCAGAACGGCAAACAGCACAGCCGGGGCAACUUCGACUGGAGCCUGACUUUCGGCUGGGAGGUCAUCCCGCCCCAGGAGAGGCAGCGGAGGAAGGAUGAGACCUUCCCCAUCAAGUCCCCGACCUUUGCCGGUGGCCUCUUUGCCAUCUCCAGGUCCUACUUCGAGCACAUCGGCUCCUACGACGAUCAGAUGGAGAUCUGGGGGGGCGAGAACGUGGAAAUGUCCUUCAGGGUCUGGCAGUGUGGGGGUCAAGUCGAGAUCAUCCCUUGCUCCGUCGUGGGUCACGUCUUCCGCUCCAAGAGCCCCCACACCUUCCCCAAGGGCACCCAGGUCAUCUCCAGGAACCAGGUCCGCCUGGCCGAGGUCUGGAUGGACGACUACAAGGAGAUCUUCUACAGGAGGAACCAGCAGGCCGCUCAGAUGGCCAGAGAGAAGACGUAUGGUGACAUUACAGACCGGCGCAAGCUGAGGGAGCAGCUCCACUGCAAGAACUUCACCUGGUACCUCCAGACCAUCUACCCAGAGAUGUUCGUUCCCGACCUGACUCCAACUUUUUAUGGAGCG